AUGGAUAUGCUAAGCACGCCUGAUCCUCAGCCCUUCAAUAAUCGAUUACCACCACCGUCACAGCCUCAUUACAAUAACCAAGCUCAAAUGCACCAUCCUCCCUACUUCAAUGGACCCGGAGUGCCCCAUCCCCAGCACUUCAACAGAUCAUUACCUAACCCUCCUAUCCGCCCUCCUACGACCGAACCGAUACACUUCAAUCAUGGCCCUGCGCAAGAUAUCUACUUCAAGAAUCAAGUCUCAUUUCCUUUUUUUCAUCUGCCAAUUCUUCCACCCAACAAUCCACCCAACAAUCAUCCACCCAACAAUCCUACCCAAAGUCUAUACCAAGCAAACUCCUACCCUGCUUAUGAAACACACUCCAACCCUGCUCGCGUCUUUCAAGGUAGCAUAGAACAACUAGCACCUUCUAGAAUUGACAACAUUGACUAUCUUGAAAAUUGUCGACCUGCUACAUCAACCUCUGAUGACCUUCCUCCGCUAGAUUUUUCUAUCAUCGAUAACUUCGAGUCGCAAGCUUUUGAACGUGAAAGGCAACGAAUACUAGCUCAAAACAGACCCUCACCUCGUUUGAAUUCUUCAGUCACAGUCAUAGCACCUAGUCAACCUUGA